UACGCACCAGAGAGAGGAGACGGAGGGGUUGGUCAUCAAUGGAUGCAAAUGGUCUAAGAACCAUGAACGCGAUAAACCCUCUUCAUUUCUCUAUCAAUUUGAGAUCAAAAGCUUCUCUCUUUCGCCCUCUCUACUUUUCCCAACUCAAGAACAAGAUUGUUCCCUCUUCCCUCUCCUCCUCUUCACGCUUCUCUCCUAUUUGCUCUCUAUCUGGAAGUGCUAGUACCAUCGCUCUUCCAAAUGGGGUGGGUGAGGGGCUCAGCCAAAGCUCGCAAAAUAAGCUUCUUCAAGUUGUAUUGGUAUCUCCGCAGAUUCCUGGAAAUACGGGUUGCAUUGCCAGAACAUGUGCAGCAUCAGCUGUUGGGUUACACCUUGUUAGGCCUUUAGGUUUUCAAGUUGAUGACACGAAACUAAAGCGGGCUGGAUUAGAUUACUGGCCAUAUGUAGUUGUCAAAGUGCAUAAUUCUUGGGCAGAAUUUCAAGACUAUUUCAGGCAACAGGAAGGGGAGAAGAGAUUGCUGGCAUUUACUAAAAGAGGAACGAAAAUUCAUUCCGAUUUUUCAUACCGGAAAGGCGAUUAUCUGAUAUUUGGAUCAGAAACUUGUGGUCUGCCACCCGAAGCAUUGAUAGACUGCGAAAGUGGGGCAUUUGGGGGAGGUAUGAUUCGCAUUCCGAUGGUUGAAACAUAUGUGAGAUGUCUGAAUCUUUCUGUCAGUGUUGGCAUUGCCUUAUAUGAAGCAUCGAGACAACUAAACUAUGAGCAGCUUCAAUUCCAAUCCGGAACUUGUAUUGGCAGUGAAGAACAAUCACUAAUUACUGAGGAUAUUUUUGCAUAAUUUGAUGGGUGUUUCCGAUAUUGAGUUCUGUUUAUUUGACUUACACAUAUAGAGCAUGGAUUGAGGGAUUGUUGGGUUCUAUUCUUUGUAUGAACUGUAUGGAAUUUCUACAAUGUAUUACAAUAUCUAUGGAUUGUUGCAAGGAUUUAGCAUCUUCUUCUA